AUGGCCCCAUCCCAAGGCCCCUCCAAGUCCGCCCUCAAAACCUCCCUCCCCUCAGCAUACGCCGCAGUCAACGCCGAACAACCACAAACAGACACAAAUACAUACCUCUCCCCCUCCCAAGCAGAACAAGAAAAAUAUCUCCAAGGCAGGCCAAAAGCAACCCCACAUCAUCUCGGAAUCGCUCUCCAACAUGCCCACCAGAUCCAGGCCCAAAAAGACGCCGAGGGAAUGAUCCUAGACCGCACUGUUGAACUUCUCGCUCUCCCAGCGGACUCCUCUGCAGACCCCGCCGCACCCUCUACAGAAGAUGUACAAAUCUUCAAAUCGGCUCUGACUGCCUUUCGACCAACCGAUUAUGAUAAUUACAUUACUGAACGAAAUUAUGAGAAUCUAUGUGGUUAUGGGCUUUGUCCGCGCGAGAAUAGGAAGGCGGUCGCUAAUGCGAAGGGUCAAGGCCAAACGUUUCAUUUUAAAUACGGAGCUAAAGGGAGUGGACCUGGUGGGAGGGGAAGGAGCAUGGAUAUUAUAUCGAGGGAGAAGUUGGAGAAAUGGUGCUCGGAUGAAUGUGCGGAGCGAGCGCUGUUUAUUCGAGUUCAGUUGGCUGAGGAGCCGGUUUGGGAGAGACGAGCUGAUGAUAUGAGUGUUUUGAAUAUUCUCUUGUUGGAAGAAGCGAGGGCUAGACGAGAGAACCAGCCACGGGCACAACAGUCACAGGGUGAGAGCUCUUCGGCGGCAGCAGUGGCUGCGGGCAUAAAGGACUUGAAGAUUCAAGACCCACAGCGUUCACGAGAUCUUGCUAUGGAGCGUGGUGAUAAUGCACCUGCUAUUCGUGAUGGAAGGGUUGAAGUGACUAUCAAGGAGAAGGAAUAUGGUCCCGAAUCUUCUGCUUCUGCUUCUGCUCCACGAUUGCGACCGGAAGAUGCAAUGGGAGGUUCCAUUGAGGGAUACGUUCCACAGGGACAGAGGGAUAAACGCUCUGCUGAGGAUCAGCAUCCAGAGGAUGAAGGCGAUUUGCUUGAUCAAAUCUAA